UAUUUCUACAGCUUGCUCUGUCAGAUGGGAAGGCCUAUCCUCUUGAACAAGCUGAUUUCUAUUUUUGUUUUAUAUUUACAGAUUGAAUAAAAAACAAAUAACACAUAGAAGGAUUUAACCACUCGAUGUGGGAAUUUUAAAUAAUAAGGUGUACGGUGAAAAUAUUUGGAGAUUUUAAACUGUUUUAAGACUUUCCACUUUUUCCAUAAAAUGAUUCAUCUUUCAAGAGGAUUGCUAUCAAUGAAAGAGCCAGGUAAAUUUUUUGUAAAUACAAUUUCUAAUAAGACGAAAUAUUUUUCACUAAUGUGUGGAGGUGAAACAAAAGGCCUUGUUCUUGGGGCAUAUGAAAAUUUUUCUGAAGCUACAAAUACAAAUUCGUUCAAAUUUACUGAAACUGCUGAAACCUAUAACAAAAUGAUAAACAAUAAAUUGUAUUUUGGGCUUUUAAAAUCUGGACCACCCAUAAGGAGAAAUGAAGUGAGAAUGUUGUAUGGGCUGGAUGAGACGUUUUCUAGUAUUGCUGUUGUGGGACUUGGGAAGCAAGGCUUGGGCUAUAAUGAAGAAGAACUCAUAGAUGAGCAGAAAGAACAAAUAAGAGAGGCAGCAGCUAUGGGGUCUACCACAUUGAGAGACACAAGUCGAGUAGAAAAGGUUUUUAUAGAAAGUUUUGGUAAUUCUGAAUCAGCAGCUGAAGGUAUUUCUUUGGGCUUAUGGUCUUAUCUAGACAAUAAAAGUUUCAAACCAGGAGAGUCUGUGGAGAUACCUCAACUAGAGCUGUUUGAUAACUGUGAUUUCACAGGAUGGAAAAUAGGUUUACAAAAAGGCAAUGCUCAAAACUUGGCCAGAAAGUUGUGUGAAAUGCCAGCUAAUUAUUUGACACCAAGAAAGUUUGCAGAACAAGCAGUUAAGAUUCUAGGUAAUUCGGAUAUAAACUUGGAAGUAAAAACAAAACAUUGGCUGCAAAUGAAAGGCAUGGAUGCUCUACUGGCAGUUGCUAAGGGUUCCUGUGAAGAACCACUCCUGCUGGAGGCAACAUACUAUGGUUGUGAACCCCAUGUGUGUCCAGUUAUCUUGAUUGGAAAAGGUGUCACUUUUGAUGCUGGUGGACAUUGUCUAAAAACGCCUGAAAAUAUGGCUCACAUGAGAGGGGAUAUGGCAGGAGCCGCUUGUGUUAUAGCAACACUCAAAGCAGUGGAAGCUCUAAGGCUGCCAUUGAACAUUCGAGCUCUGAUACCCAUGUGUGAGAAUAUGUUGGGGCCCAGAGGAAUGAAACCUGGUGACAUAGUGAAAGCAAUGAAUGGCAAGACCAUCCAUGUUGAUAGCACAGACAGUGAUGGUAGACUGGUGAUAGUUGAUGCACUCUCCUAUGCUGCAACAUUCAAUCCAAAAGUGAUUGUGGAUGUGGGUGGAUUCAGUAGAGGAACCAAAAAUGCACUGGGCUCAGCGGCAGCAUCCAUAUUCACCAACAACGAUGCAUUAUGGGAGCAAAUGAAAAUAGCCGGCAUCCACUCAGGAGACAGAGUGUGGCGGCUUCCUUUGUGGACGCACUUCACCAAAACGGUGAGGCAUUGUCUGCCAGCUGACGUGUGUGAAACUGCUCUAAAUCUGGGAAAUUCGUGUCGAUCUGCUGCAUUCCUCCAGGAGUUUGUUUGUAGAGGAGACUGGCUACACAUGGAUAUCUACGGCAUCACACAUCAAGAAGAAGACUUGGUCAAGUAUUUGAAACCUGGCAUGACUGGUAGACCCACUCGCACAUUGAUAGAAUUUCUGGCACAAUUUGCAUUCAAACCUGAAGACGAUAACAAUGGAAGAAACCAAAAGAAAGCAAUUGGCUUUGAAGAAAUGACAUGUAGAGACGAUUCAAGUCAUCCAUGCAAGUAACGGAUUCACUAAAAUUGAACUUCGAAUGUUCAGUUUGAAAAUAAUUUUGAAAGAUUGAUGUAUCAGUGGAACAAUCGAUGCCCCUCUCAAAAUUGGCAACUGCUUGGUUCAAGUACUCUGGAAGUGAGUGAUGAAUUUAAGGACUUACAUGCUAGUCUAGGUACUUUUCAUGUUUUGCAACUGAGAAAAAUGGUAUUUGAAGUCCUCUUAUUAAUAAAACAGACAUGAUAACUUCUAACGAGCCAUUCAUUAAUAAUUUUCAUAAUGGAAAACAAUAAAAAUUAGGUAGUAUUUGGAAUUUUAUAAACUUUCAAUAAGAUUCAACAAGGAAAGUUAUUUUUACAAUGUGGUUGAUCUAUCUACUCUUGAUGUUCACAUUUUUCAUUCUCAGAUUAAAAUCAAAUAAUCAAACUUUCAUCCAACCCUUAAAUAUGUAUCACAUUCAAUCUAUUAUUGUAUACAAAAACAAAUCGUGAAAUUAUUAUUUUAAUGUUAACGGUAAAAUAAUUAACAAAUUUAUUGAAUAUUUAUGGAAAGAUACACAAGUCUUCAAUUUCAUUUCUUCUCAAAAUUGUCGAAAUUGUGAGUUUAGGCUGAAAAAUAUCAUCUAGAUAAAGCAAUUUAUAAGGUGCCUACUGAAUAAGGAACUCCAAAAUUCAAAAUUUCGUUUAUUCUUAAACUCUACACUAUGUGCUAUAUACUAUUUCACAAUAUCCUAGGAAUAUCAUUUAUAAAGGCUGAAAAAAGUUUAAAUGGAGAAUUUUGCUUGAGAAAAUUGCAAUUUUUGUACAAACACAUUCAGACAGUAUUCUAACUCCAUUGCUUUGAAAAUAUUCAAUUAUAAUAAAUACUCUCACGAUAAAUUUCAUUCAUCAAGAAUAAUACAUUUUUGACAGUUAGGAUUACUUAAUACUAGAAUCUCACUCACAUCAAUGAAAUAUUUUUGAUUCAACUACUCCACAACGCAUUUAAUAUUAUUAUAUAAUAAUUAUUGAAUUAUAAAUCAUAUCAACGGAAAUAUUAUAAUAUCAAUCAUUUGUAUUAGAUAAGUUUUCCAAUUGAGUUUUACUUUUGAAAUGUCAAUAUUGUAUGACAAAUUAUGAAGUUAAGAAGAUUCAAAGUAAUAAAAUAAAUUUUAUAAUGAAGUUGUAAAAAAUUAUUCUGAUCAUAUAAAGCAGUUGAACAAUAAGUUAAAUAUUAAAAAAUAGUUGCCAUUGUUUCAAGUUUUAAUAAUUUGUAAAGCAGUAUAAUAAAUAAAGGAUAAAAUUAAGGAUACCGAAUUAAAGUGGGCUCCAAAUUCACCACUUUCGAAGUUACAAUGUCUAUAAUAUUAAUAUUGAGCCAACUAAAUCAAUAAAUAGAAUAUAUUAUAAUCUCUGAGACCAAAGAAAUUGUAAUAGAUCUUCUCACUAUCUCUCUCUACAGUAG